UUCUAUACGUUCUCCGGUGCAGUCUAAUUUGGUUUGUCAUUAAUUGUCAGGGAAUGUUUUUAUUUUUAUUUAACCACUAAUUUUUUAUGUAAAUAAUCACGUACAAUUUGCAGGCUUUUAUAAGUAUUUGAUAGUGAACGAAUUGUAUUUUCGAGUUGAACGUAAUUUCAUGACGAACAGUGAGGUUAAAAUAUGUUAUAGGGUAUAAUUAUAAACAACUUUGCAUAUAUAAGCAAAUUCUACCCUUGUUUUAAUUUGAUUCUGUAACAUGCGAAGCACAUGAUGAAGUUUUUUACAAUACUUCAAAGAGGAGCAUAUUCUGCUCAAGAAUUUCUGAAAUCCCGCAACUCAUCCAAGCUACUGCAAAUUCAUAAGUGUUUUGAGUCAAGUUUUAUACCACAAAGAGUCCUUAUCUUGACAAAAAUUUCAAGAUAUCAAAUAGAAAGGCAAGCUAAUCCUAGUCUUUCUGAGGACCAGUUCAAACAAGGGCUAUUGACAAGAGGCACAAACUAUGAUGCUAUCUUUGCUGGUCAUCAACGAAAUAAAGCUACAGAGUUAAGAACUAUUCAGGCACUCAAAAAACAAAAUAUUGAUUUUAGAAUAAGAGAUAGACACAAUAUUGAUAUUGAAAGUAUUGAUUGGGCAGAUCUUAUUGUGCCUGUGGGUGGAGAUGGUACAUUUUUAUUAGCUGCUAACAUGAUUGCCGAUAACAAUAAACCCAUUGUAGGAAUUAAUUCAGAUCCAGAAUUUUCAGAAGGAUUUUUGUUGCUUUCAUUCAAAUACACUAACAAUAUAAAUGAGAUAUUUGAAAGACUGAAAUCUGGUAAUUUUAAAUACCUAAUGAGGAGUAGAAUUAGAAUCACACUCCAUGGGGAGAAUGUAUGGCAGAUGCCUUUUCACAUGCAUGAAAAAUGUUUGCCUUGUGAAGAUGACAAAUUUUAUGUGAAAUAUCAUAAAACAACUAUUCCAAAAGGAAAUCUUCCCAAAGUGAGGAAAUUGCCAUGGUUGGCCCUCAAUGAGGUUUUCAUUGGUGAAACAUUAUCAGCAAGAAUUAGUAUUUUGCACCUUGACACUGGAAAUGGUACUUUUCAAAAAGUGAAAAGCUCUGGCUUGUGUGUUACUACUGGGACUGGUUCAAGCUCCUGGUAUAGAAAUAUCAAUUGUCUUAAUCCUCAGAUGGUUGAAGAUGUUUUAUCAGCAGCAGGGUGUAAUAAUAAAUUUAGCCAUGAAGAAUUCAAGAAGAUUUGUUUUGAUUUUAACUCUCAACUACAAUAUCCCGCCGAAAAACUUCAACUAGCAUAUGUCGUUCGUGAUAUGAUUGUUAAGCACAUUUGGCCACUACCUAAUAACAUACAACCUCGGGAUUUUUGUGACAAAUUAACAAUUCGUUCACAAUGCUAUGACGGUGGCUUGGUGAUAGAUGGUGGAAUUGCAAUUCAUUUUAACGUCGGAACGACAGCAGUGCUCGAAACGCUUGAGCAAGACUCUCUUCGAAAUAUUGUUUUUCAAGAUUGAAAGAAAUAGAAGGAAUGGUAAUUUUUUCAACAUUCCUUAAUCAUAUAAUUAAAAUAUCAACUAAUUUAAUGUAUACACCUCUUAGAAUUAGUUUAUGGCACUCAUAUUUCAUAAAUAUCAUGAACUUUGAUAUUUUAAAUUGAGAUCUGAUAUUUUUCUACCAAAUAUCUACAAUUGAUUUCAAUUGUACUCUAAGAUUUGUAUCACAUAGUUAAAGUGACAAACCAGUGAUAAUCAAAGGUAUUUUUUAUUAUAUAAUCACAAUGCUACAGCAAUGUUAUACUAUGUGUAAAUACGUAAGAACAUAGGUAUUUUUCAAAUUGAAAUAUAAAUUAUCAUAAAUUGUCGGAU